CCUUCAGCUCGUCGACCAUAGUUUCGAAAAGUUUCGUGGUCUCCGCGAUUGCGCUCUUGAGCAUACUCUCCAUGACAGAGGAGUACUUUGUCUGAAAAUCGUCCGCCGACAUUUUGGUAUGGUUUACCGUUCGUCUGAGUUUAGGUAUGAGUCCACUUUUACGAGUACAUUUACUGUGUCGUUAUUAAAAAAACAUGGCUUUAGGAGCUAACUCAACAUGGCUCCUUCCCGUCGUGGCCAGCGGUCUCUCUGCUUUGUGUGACGCACUUCGACGGAAGGAGGGAGUUGAGCACAUAUCCGGUGAUCCACAUAAAUGCCAAACUGUUUGUUUUAUAUAUAACUAAAUCAAUUGGAAAGAUAACAAUAAACUGCUACAUGUAUGAGAUAUUGAUUACCAUUAACGCUCUAUGUGCAAUUAUUGACCAGGAAGCGUCAUUCUUUAACAGACACCCAUGCAGCUGAAACGCUUAAGAUUGUCCCAACUCACGACCCGUAUGUUAAUCUCGGAAGUAUGGUUGUUUGCGGAAUCAACAGGAAAUGAAAGCCCAACGGCAUUUUGUAACGUUGGAUUACAGCUAAGAAAUUAAACUGUUUUUUUGCUACCAAACCCACCUUAGACUAAACAUAAAUUAUAUGAUGGUUAACGGUGGUUAUUUUAAGUUUCAGAUAAGUACGCAUCGCAUGGGUCGGAAUCUAGCUUUAUCUAACUAGCAUUCACAACUAGUGCAGCAAGCUAGUUAAGCUAAUGUUGACAUUACAAGCAAGUCUACAGUUUGAUUAACUUCGCGUUUGGUGUGGUGGAAGUAACCACACGGUCAUCGUGGACCAACCAAAAUACGCGUACGGCUUGUUAACCGUUACCUGGACUGAAAACCGAGUUAAAGACAGAACUUAAAGAGACCAACGUUAGCUGUGCCUGACCACUGCCACUCCGCUGCAGUCUUUGCCAGUUGGAAGUUGCUGCUUUUCAGUGCACUGAAAUUAAAGGACUGUUGUCACACAUCAUUGGCACAAUGGCCGACACAAUAGUCACGUUUCAGUCCCAGCUUUCUGGUGUCAUGGAGACGGUUUUCAAAGCUGCCAUGUAUGAGAUCACGCGGCUGGUGGAGGACAGUUUUGUGGAAGAGGUAACGAGGUGCAGGGAGCAGGUCGAGUCCCUGAAGAGGCGACUGAAGUGGUCGGAGAGUCGCCGUAAAGACAGAGAUGGAGACAGGAGGGGACGAUGCCUCGACUGCGGAAGAGUCGGGUUUUCCGGUGAGGACAAUCUGUGUGCGACAGAGAGAAGUCUGAAACAGGAGAGUCUGUUGCCAGAAGAGAUAAAUAGCUCCCGAAGCACUGAAGGAGGGACACCUAGUCACGAAGAGACGAGACCAGAGGCCCACAGUGCAAUGGCAGCACCACAGUCUCCAGGUGUACGGGGUGAAAAGCUGAGUAGGCUGCUGAAAGAGGAAGCCCUUCAGAUCACACCGGAAACUAAUGAGUCCCAAGAGAGAUGGGGAGUCAAUUUGGAUGAAACGGAGGCAUCAGGUCUGCCGGGGCCCAGUAAACGUUUCAGUGACCAGAAGAUCCCAAAGAGUCAUCUGAGCUGGGGAGCUGGCUAUGACCAGAGGCCAGAACCAGGCCAAGAUGGACACUCAGGUGACCCAUCUGAACCACAUUUCCAGAGCAGGUAUGGUAUGGAAGAAUUAGGUGGCUUUGGCAAGACUGGCUAUGGAGACUCCAAUAUGAUAGACAUGGGUAACUUGGAUGGGUUACAAGGAUCACCAUCCCAACUGGGUGAGGAUCUGAGCUACAUGGGGCACUAUGAGGGAGAUGUGGAAGCACCAGAAGGAGCCGAGCAUCAAGAUUACCAAACAGGUGCUGCACGAAAUAGAGGGGGCACGGUCGGUUCACCUGCCGGCUCUCCCACAAGGACAAACAUUCAUGUAAGUGGAGAGCUAAGCUGUUUAUUGAUCAAUGAAGAAGGUUAUCUACAGGACCCGAGUAUUUUGUACCCUGAACAUGUGUCUAGUGAUCCAGGCGGCAGGUUGAACUUCAGGGGCCAAGGCAUUCGCACUGACCCAUCUUUAGACAGCACAGAGGAUAUGUAUAGACCGUCAGAUGCAUACAGUGACACCUUAAACCUGGGAGAGAGGCUGCAGCAUCAGGCCGGAGGAAGAGGAGGAAGGAGACAGACCUGUAACCAGUGCUCCAUGUCUUUCCCUGAUUCAGCCUCACUAAAGGCCCACAGGCAGACACAUAAAGGCACCGGACAAGUGCCACCAUAUUCCUGCACCCAAUGCGGAAAGACCUUCACUCAAGCCUGUAACCUCAAAGUCCACCAGAGGAUCCAUUCGGGGCAGGGACUCCACCUCUGCAGCCAUUGUGGGAAAGGUUUCCCUUCUUUCUCUGACCUAAAGACACACAAGUGUGGCCAAACAGGUGACAAACCUUACUGCUGCACUGUAUGCGGGAACAAGUUCAGUCGCCUCUGGAAUCUGAAGUUGCACCGGAGAAUUCACACACAGGAAAAACCUCAUCGGUGCACCAUGUGUGAUAAGAGCUUCACACGGGCAGACAUAUUGAAGGUUCACCAUCGUACCCACACUGGGGAAAGACCAUACUGCUGCACUGUCUGUGGCCUCAGCUUCAAACGCCUGGAUCAUCUGAAAUCACAUCAACGCAAACACAUAACGGAUCUAUAAAGCUAGGGACGUUUUGUGGAGAGAGCGUCAGAAAUAUUCUGUUUUGGUUUUAAAAAUGAACGUUUUAAAUCGUGAUCCUUCAAUGUUUAUUUUUUUCUUCUCUUCAAUUCCAAGCCCUUUGUAUUAAAAAAAACAAAAACCUUUUGUUUCCAUGAAAAAUGUCAGACAAAGAUGAAAUGCGUCUUUAUUUGUACACAUUUAUUGCUGCAUAUUUUGGUUAAGUAAAGUUUAAAAAGGGCAGAGUAACAUUGUCCUCGUGAUUACAUUUCAAAUUUGAAAUAAAAUUUAAAAAAAGUC